AUGGCUAAAUUAUUGGUUAGAGUUUUGCACGGAAAGGCGACGUCUUUAAAUUUGAGUUCCAAGAAGAUAGACGAGGUUCCCAGGUGUAUCGGCAGAUUAACGAACAUCUCCGUCCUCCUGCUCAACAACAACUUCAUCUCCACUUUGCCCGCUGAGAUGCUCUCACUGCAACACCUGGCUGAGCUGAAUUUAGGAAAUAAUGCCUUGAAGGUGGUUCCGGCUGUUUUAGGCCAUCUGGGGUCCUUGAAGAAACUCUAUCUGUUCAGCAACCAAAUCACAGCAGUGCCUCCUGAGGUGAUGGGGGGCUUGUCAAACCUUGUUGUGCUCAAUCUGAACCACAAUCAGAUUCAGAGACUUCCAGCAGAGAUAAAAAGCUUGUGCAAACUUGAGCGCCUCAGUAUGCUGGACAACAAGCUGGAGGAAAUCCCCGUGGAGUUGGGCCAUCUGACGAAGUUAGUUGAGCUCAACCUCACCCGCAACAAGCUGUCUCAGCUUCCUCAGCAGCUCUACAAAUGUAAAGACCUGGCCAAGCUGUACCUCGCCAGAAACAAGCUGACCAAACUACCUGAGGGGAUCAGGGCACUGGCCAAGCUCCAAGUCCUGGAUGUGGCUGGGAAUGAGCUGUCCAUGUUUCCUAUUGAGUUCCACCUGCUGUCUCUGCGAGAGCUGCACUGUGAGGUCAACAGGUUUGUGCGCUGUGAGCCCAUGGAGUCCGUGAAGCCUGUGGUGGUCCUUAAAUUGAAGGAACUGGUUGCCAGAUUUGUCUUGCUGCAGGACAGGAACAAAUACUCUGUGGUCCACAGGAUGCUUCCCCAUUUCCCCUGCCUCACUGCCAUGCUGGCCAACAGGGGCUGCUGUGCCCUCUGCCAGGCCCCCUUUCUCAACACCUGGCUGGAGUGUGUGCACUUCAUCAACCUCAGGAAGGACAUGAAGAUGAAGAGCUGUCUGACGGUCCCAGUGCGCGCCCUCCUCUGUUCAUACAAGUGCUUCAACAGAGCUGGGCACUCCUUCUAUGGUAUUGCUUCAAGAUAA